CAUCCUUCACUCAGUCGUUGUUUGGUCCUCUAUCUGCCAACGUCUAGCGAAAAAGUAAAAGUUUUGCACACGUACUGUGAUAGUCAGUGCCCAGUGUAUAAUCAGCCAGGAUGUUAUUUCUGGCGCCGCGCAAGCAUCUAUUUGCCAGCAAUUUGAUAAUAUUUCUAUUGAUUUAUAUCAUGCGCAAGUGCCUGCAGUUGUUCUGCAUCAUUGAGAACAAGGCAUGCCAGAAGCCCGACUGCAACUGUGAGCCGGGCCAGAGGGAUUGCCCGGACUCACCGAUUGUGGAGCGCCGUGGAGGCUUCAAGCUCAUACCGGAUGCCAUGCGCAAGACCAUGCACGGCUUUGGCUAUGGCGAGGGCCACUAUCAGAUAUUUGUGGAAAAGAAGGAGCGCAAUUUGCCAACCAAAUCGCGCCUCAAUGCGGCCAGCGCUGAACUCAAGCUGAAUCCCAAUUAGGCAGCAGCAUUCAGCGACCAGCAGCAGCAGCUCAAGGAGCCAACCAAAUGUGCCAACAACAACAACAACAACCACAAAAACAACAAUAAUA